AUGAAAAAAGUUGUUUUAUCCCUCAUUCGCCUUUCUGUGCUCUUACUCAGUUUCUCCAUUAUUUGUCUGGGAGUCCUUUGCAUCUACACAGGUUCCCCUGCAUGCAGAUGUGGGAAUAACAAGUUCGUUGCUUAUUGCCUGUUAACUCUGGGGCUCCUGCUCCUUGUGGCCGGCAUUUUCUGGAGCACAGUCCAUGAAGCCAUGAAAUACGGGGGCCUCAGCACCAUCUUCAUGCGAAACCGCAGCCUCACGGAGCUCCGUGUCAGCACCAUAGACAGACCUGAUUUCUACCCUCCAUCCUAUGAAGACAGCACAGACCCUGAGAAGCAGACCUUCCCACUACCUGUGACCUCUGCACCAGAAGAGGAAGAAGUCAUCAACAUUCCACCGCCGCUGUACAGUGAGAGUAGCACAGAGUCCGUCAGUGAGACUAAUGAGCCAGAGCAGCCCCCACCGUAUGAACUACCUGGACAGGUCUCAAGCCCAGUGGAGGAGUCAGAUGCUUGUGCACCCACACAGGACAAUGUUUGCUAA